AUGGCCUGUGGGGACCCGCUGGAAUCAGAAGAAAAAGAAGAUCAACCUAGUGUAUCUCCAUCAAAUGAUGUUGGAUUUAAAAAGGUUUUUAAAUUAGUUGGAUUCCAAUUUACAGUUAAAAUGGAUACAGAUAAAGCUGAACCUAUUCAGCUAUUGGCUAUAAAGCCAGAGGUCAUAGAAGUGUCAAGUGAUGUAACUGGAGACUAUAAACAAUUCAAGACAGAGACAAUGGGAAAAGCCACACAAAGUGAAAUCGCUGCCUCUGUAGAGAAAACCCAGGCUGAGGAGAUGAAAGGAAAAACCUCUUCCGAGAAAUGGGAUUCUCCAUGUUACUCUCCAAACUCUCCAGUAAGCCCAUCAACCGCUGAAGCUGCAUCACUUCUAAGAAAGUUUUUAACUCAAAGUUGGGCUGAGUUUAGAAAAAGGACAAGCUUCAGAAAACCUAAGGAAGUGCAAUGUGAGAAAUAA